CGGCCCCAGCGUCGCCGGCCCCGCCCGCGCCGGGGUCGCCGCAGUCCCCACGGUUCGCCCGGGACUUCCUGGCCAGGCGUCCCAGCUUUAUUGCAACCCGGGAGCUCCCCAAGGUGUGGCUGUGGGUGCUGGUCCACCAGAGGUUGAAGCCGGGGACCUCAGGGCAUCCUGGUUCUGAGCUCCAGGGAGGCGGCCCCGCAGGGUUGGGCAAGGACGGGGCGGCCGGCAGAGGGGCGGGCGCCGCUCAUCAGUCACGCCAGUCACGUCUGGGGCCACCCGGCCGCCCACUGGUGUCUUGCCGGCUGGUCGUGCCACCUCGCCGUGCCGGCGAGGGCAAAGGGGCUGUGGCGACGCCAUGCCCGGGCCGGAGUGAGUGAGCGCGGGCGAAGAUGGCGUACAUCCAGGGCAGUUGGAACCACUGAACGAGGGAUUUCUUUCCAGAAUCUCUGAUGUACUGCUGUGUGGAUGGACGUGUCGACACUGCUGUCAGAGGUGCUAUGAGUCCAGCUGCUGCCAGUCCAGCGAAGACGAAGUGGAGAUCUUGGGACCUUUCCCUGCCCAGACUCCUCCAUGGCUAAUGGCCAGCCGGAGCAAUGACAAGGACGGUGACUCAGUCCACACAGCCAGUGAUGUCCCAUUGACCCCAAGGACCAACUCCCCUGAUGGAAGACGCUCGUCCUCAGACACAUCCAAGUCCACAUACAGCCUGACUCGGAGAAUCUCCAGUCUGGAUUCCCGGCGCCCCAGCUCCCCGCUCAUUGACAUCAAACCUAUUGAGUUCGGGGUUCUCAGUGCCAAGAAGGAGCCCAUCCAGCCGACGGUGCUGCGCCGGACCUACACCCCUGAUGACUACUUCAGGAAGUUUGAGCCCCGGCUUUACUCCCUUGAUCCAAACCUUGAUGAUGUGGACUCUCUGACUGAUGAGGAGAUCAUGUCCAAGUACCAGCUGGGCAUGCUGCACUUCAGCACACAGUAUGACCUGCUGCACAACCACCUCACGGUGAGGGUGAUCGAGGCCCGGGACCUGCCACCUCCCAUCUCCCAUGAUGGCUCUCGCCAGGACAUGGCCCACUCCAACCCCUACGUCAAGAUCUGCCUCCUGCCUGACCAGAAGAACUCCAAGCAGACGGGAGUCAAGCGCAAGACCCAGAAGCCUGUGUUUGAGGAACGCUACACCUUCGAGAUCCCCUUCCUAGAAGCCCAGAGGAGGACCCUGCUGCUCACUGUGGUGGAUUUUGACAAAUUCUCCCGCCACUGUGUGAUUGGGAAAGUGGCGGUGCCUCUGUGCGAGGUGGACUUGGUGAAAGGUGGCCACUGGUGGAAGGCGCUGAUCCCCAGUUCUCAGAAUGAAGUGGAGCUGGGCGAGCUGCUUCUGUCUCUAAACUAUCUCCCAAGUGCUGGGAGACUGAAUGUGGACAUCAUUCGAGCCAAGCAGCUCCUGCAAACUGAUGUGAGCCAGGGUUCAGACCCAUUUGUAAAAAUCCAGCUGGUACAUGGACUCAAGCUUGUGAAAACCAAGAAGACAUCAUUCUUGAGAGGCACAAUUGACCCUUUUUACAAUGAAUCCUUCAGCUUCAAAGUUCCCCAGGAAGAACUGGAAAAUUCCAGCCUAGUAUUCACAGUGUUUGGUCACAACAUGAAGAGCAGCAAUGACUUCAUUGGGAGGAUCGUCAUCGGCCAGUAUUCCUCCGGCCCCUCCGAAUCCAACCACUGGAGGCGGAUGCUAAACACCCACCGCACUGCUGUGGGGCAGUGGCACAGUCUGAGGUCCCGGGCCGAGUGUGACCGCGUGUCUCCUGCCUCCCUGGAGGUGACCUGAUUGCCACGGGGAAGACAGCCAUCACUGGUUUGAAAAAAGAGAGAAAACAAAAUAUGUGUCACAUCAAUACUCAACCCACACCUACAUCUACUUUCACACAUGUGCACGUGCAUACGCAAUGCCCUGUCAGCACUGAGAGCAAGCUGACAGUUGGUCAUGGAAUAGCCACCCUCAUUGAGGGAAGCUCGUAAAGUUCCCGGAAACUCCAUUCGUGCGUAAAUCACAAGUUGAGUAGGCUCUGCUGUGAGACUUACUGGCAGUGCCUGCUCUUACCCAUACCCCUGUCCCAAAAUGUGCUUUCAACCUCGGGCCAGAGAAAAGAGGCCUUCCGAAAAGAGUCUGACUCAGUUUACCAGGAGUUUGGCUGGUAUGUCGGGGACCUGAUCCCCACUUCAAAAACACCCUUGCCAGGGAACUCCUGAGCAGGCCACUGUUUCCUGGGGUCUCCACACCUGAUACCUUUCUCCAAAGGUGUAAGUAUCUUUGUUUUCUCCUUAGUAAAUGUGAUAAAUAGAUUAGACUCUUCGGAGAGACUGGGGGUGACAAAAGACAGUAAUUCAGAGUCGGGAACCCAGGCUCGCCUGCUUUGUCCUUGUGUUAGCUUAUUUCUGGGACUCCCUGUGGGUAUGUGUGGGUAUGUUUUUGUGUGUGUGUGCCCUCACAGGUGAGCACAUGUGUGCCUCCUCAUCCUGUUAGACAGCAAGGUGAUGGCCAGAGGCUCCAACCUCAAAGUUCCCUUAUCUCUCUGCCUUUCAUCCGGUGCAAGUUCACCCCAUGUCCUCCCAUCCAUCAGAGACCCCACAUCAAGUAGCAAUAGUUUGAGUGUGUCCCAUAAGUAGGGUUAUGAUAGAGCAAAGGUAACAUUUUUCUGACUGAGUUGUGGUGGUUAUGACCCAUAACCAGGGGUCUGGCACAUGAAUGUAAAUGGUGCCACAGCCCUCCACCAUGACCUUUCCCCUCGAUCAUAUUCCAAUGAGCUCCGUGUUUGUGUGUGCACCACAGUCGUGUCUCAUGUGCUAAGGCUUUAGUGUAGUUAGAAUAGAUUCUUCCCUCAUGGGAUGCUUCUGUAUCUUUCUCCACAGCAUAUCGUUCUCUGUCAUGGGAAAUUAUUUGUUGAAAAUUAAAGAUUAUUUAUUUGUGCCAUG